AUGAGCCGCCUAUUCACCGUCGUGCGCAGGGCGACGUUCGCCAGACGAAACUACACUGCUGGUCGCGCAGUCGCCCCCAGUGCUGGGUCCAAGGGAUGGAACUCGUGGGGCAGGACCACCGCCCUCGCUGCAGGCGUCGCUGUACCUACCCUCUACUUCCUGACCCGCGACACUGUCGAGCUGGACACACAGCGACCCCCCCAAGGACACAGCGUGUCCGUUGCGGACGUGGUCAACCGCCGCACCGGCGCCGAAGUAUGGGUCGUGAUCGACGGCGAGGUGUAUGACAUGACAAAGUUCCUCGACGACCACCCGGGCGGCAAAGACAUUAUCGUUGCCAACCGGUCGCGCGACGUCACGCCGCUCUUCAAGCCCCGCCAUCCCAAUGACCAGCUUUUUCCAGGCAACCUCCCCGCCCAAGUGAAGCACCUCGGGCCCCUCGCACCGGCCAGCAGCGAUGAACUGGAAGACAUCAAGCUCCAGAUCUCGGCGGAGCAGCUGGCUGAGGACGAGCGAGUGCUGACCGAACGCAAGAAGAUGGACGAGCGCGGACUCGGGGUUAUUGUCAACAUGAAGGACUUUGAAAAGUUUGCCGAACCACUGUUGACCAAGGUUGCUUGGGCGUACUAUGCUUCUGCGGGCGACGACGAGAUCACCAAACUCGCCAACGCGACCGCGUACCAAAAGGUGCUGUUUCGUCCGCGCGUUCUAAGGCGCGUGGAGCAAUGCGACGCAUCAACGGAACUCAUGGGAUGUCCAUCUAGCCUACCGAUCUUCAUUGCACCGGCAGCCAUGGCAAAGCUAGGCCAUCCCCUUGGCGAGAUCAACCUCACCCGCGGGGCGGGGAGUACUGGCAUCAUCCAGGGGAUUAGCAGCAACGCCUCGUGCAGCAUGGACGAGAUGCUUGGUGAGCGUGAAGACGGCCAACCCCUCUUCUACCAGCUCUAUGUGAACCGGGACCGCAGUAAGGCCGAGGAACUGGUGCGCAAAAUCGACGCAGGCAAGUUUGAUGCCAUCAUGCUCACGGCCGAUGCGCCGGUUGGAGGCAACCGCGAACGCGACAUCCGAGUCAAAGGUGACUUUGAGGGUCCGGCCGGUGGGGUUGCCGUUAAGAGCAAGGACACGGCUGGUGUCGCGCAAGCCAUGUUCGCUGGCGUAGACCCCAACCUCUCGUGGGAAGACGUCAAGUGGCUCCAAUCCCUCACUAAGAUUCCCGUGAUGAUCAAGGGCGUCCAGUGCGUCGAGGACGCACUCCUAGCCUACGAGGCUGGAUGUGACGGUAUCGUCAUUAGCAACCACGGCGGACGGCAACUCGAUACUACCCGUCCAGCCCUCGACGUCUUGCUGGAGAUUAGGCGGUAUGCACCUCAUCUUCUUCGUCCCGAAUUCCGCACACCCACAGGACCAACCCAAGACUCGCUGGCCGAACCCGCGCGCCUCACGCCCAAAGACCGGGCUGAUGGGAGUGGCAUGCCUCGCCGCUUUGAGAUCUUCAUCGACGGCGGCGUGUCCCGCGGUACAGACGUCGUCAAGGCCCUCUGUCUCGGUGUCAAUGGGGUUGGUAUCGGCCGUGGAUUCCUGUUCGCCCAAAGUGUUGGUGGGGAGGAAGGCGUCGAGCAUGCGGUGGGCAUCUUCAAGUCGGAGAUUGAGCUGGCUAUGCGUCUCCUUGGUGCGAACAAGGUGGGAGACUUGCGGCCAAGUAUGGUCGAGGUUGUUGGCGAGGUGCCGCGCGCUGCCUAG